GACACUCCCUAAAUCACCACCUCCAACGGUCUUUGCCCUCAGCCAUACUGCUAGCUUCUGCACUGUAGCAUGCAGUGGGUAGUAGUUACAAGAAGACUUUGCACACUUGGACAGAGUCACAUUAUUAAAGACGUGCACGGACAUUUGUCGAGGUUUGUGUCUCGUCGAAACAUGUCGUCGUCUCAAACUAAACGGCCGGUUUCCUUACUGGGGACUAUGGCUUUCGGUGGACGAGCCGACGCCGAGCAGGUCCAGGAGAUGGUGAAGACUUUCCUGGACAGGGGACACAUACACGUUGACACAGCCUUCAUGUAUAUGGACGGGAAGUCAGAGACGGCCAUAGGGAGCCUGAAUCUUCCCAACACAGUAAGCAUAGCUACUAAGGCCAACCCCUGGGAUGGGAAGACGCUGAAGCCGGAGAGUGUUCGCUCUCAGCUGGAAACCUCUCUUCAGAGGCUGCGAACCGAUAGUGUGGACCUUUUCUACCUCCACGCCCCUGACCACCAAAACCCCAUCCAGGAUACGCUUCGGGCCUGCAAUGAACUCCACAAAGAGGGAAAAUUCAAGGAGUUUGGGCUGUCAAACUAUGCAUCAUGGGAAGUGUCUGAAAUUGCCAGCAUCUGCAGACACAACAACUGGAUUGUUCCCACUGUGUAUCAGGGAAUGUACAAUGCCACUACAAGACAGGUUGAGACCGAGUUGCUGCCAUGUCUGAGAUACUACGGAAUGAGAUUCUACGCAUACAAUCCUCUAGCAGGUGGCCUUCUGACAGGGAAGUACCAUUACCAAGACAAAGAUGGUUCCCAGCCUGCAGGACGAUUCUUUGGUAACAACUGGGCUGCAGCAUACAGGGACAGAUACUGGAAGAAGAGUCAGUUUGAGGCGGUAGAUAUGGUUAUAAAAGCCUUGGAGACGGCGUACGGCUCAGAGAAACCCACCAUGACCUCUGCUGCUAUACGCUGGAUGUACCAUCACUCUCAACUUAAGGGCGAUCUGGGUGAUGGAGUCGUACUUGGCAUGUCAACUAUAGAGCAACUUCAACAAAACAUGGCUGCUGCAGAGGAGGGUCCUCUGGAUGAGAAAGUGGUUUCCGCCUUCAAUGAGGCCUGGAAUCUCGUAGCCCACGAGUGUCCUAGCUACUUCCGCUAAAGAGACAAAUCUGUCCAGUCAAAUUUUAUCCAAGUUCAUAGAAAAAUAGAUCUGCUAAAGCCCCUUUCUCUUAGCUACUCACUACCUUUUUCCUGAAAUCACACUUGAAAUUUGUGUUUUUUCUUCUGGUGAAUAAAUCAAUUGGAGACCAGUAUGUAUUAAUGUAAAGACCACUUCAUUGUAAAUGUACAAAUAUAAAAAUUAUAUUUUCAGGAAAGAAAUAGACUUCUCUGGAAUCUGCCUUAAUUAAAUUGUUACAUUAAAAAGAACCAAUUUCUUUAACAACAAAA